ACACAGGCCUGCUGCACACAUAGACAUAUAUGUCUAUGGCUGCACACACUGAGACAAUGUGGGUGUUUGUGGCUGUUGUUUUAGUCGCUUUGGUCGUAUUUUUAUUAAAAUAUGUCUUCAGCGGCUCCGGACCGAAUCCCUUCGAGACGGACACCCGAGAACCGCUGAAGAAGAUGGUUCACGACCGGAAAGAGAAGAAUAAAGUGUUGAAACAAGGUUUCUUGGCCAGUAAAGUCCCAGACAACCUGGAUGCCAUCAUCAUCGGCAGCGGGAUCGGUGGACUCGGACUCGGGGUGCUGAUGGCCAAAGUUGGAAAGAAAGUCUUGGUUCUGGAGCAGCACGAUCGGGCUGGAGGAUGCUGCCACACGUUUACCGAGAAGGGCUUCGAGUUUGAUGUUGGAAUCCACUACAUCGGUGAGCUGUCGGACCACAGGCCGUUUCGCUGCAUGCUGGACCAGAUGACGGACGGACAGCUGCAGUGGGAGCCUCUGGACAACCCGUUUGACUACGUGGUUCUGGGACCUCCAGAGAACCGGCGGCGGUACCCCAUCUACAGCGGCAGGACUCGCUUCCCCGAAGAGCUGAAGAAGUGUUUCCCUGGAGAGGAGAAGGCCAUCGACGAGUACGUGAAGCUGGUGAAGAAAACAGGAGAUGGUAUUUGGCUCAUGGCCAUGCUGAAGCUCCUCCCCGUCCCCGUGGCCAAGUUCCUGGUCUACACCGGCCUCGUCCAGCGUCUGUCCUUCUUCUUCAAAAUGGCUCAUCGCAGCCUGACAGACGUGGUCAACGAGCUGACGGAGAACAAGGACCUCAGGGCUGUUUUUAUGUACAUCUUCGGCACCUACGGUAACAUACCCAAAGACGCCAGCUUUUCCAUGCACAGUACAUUGGUGACUCACUUCCUGAACGGCGCCUGGUAUCCUAAAGGUGGAGCCACUGAACUUUCUUAUCACAUGAUCCCCAUCAUUGAGAAGGCAGGAGGAGCUGUUCUGGUUCGAGCUCCUGUCAACCGCAUCUUAUUCAACGAUUCUAAGGAAGCUGUUGGUGUGAGUGUGAUGAAAGGUCAGGAGGAGGUCCAUAUCCACGCACCCAUGGUCAUCUCUGACGCCGGCAUCUUCAACACCUACCAGAAGCUGCUGCCCAAAGAGCUGCAGGCCAUGCCAGCCAUCCAGAAGCAUCUGAGUAUGGUGAAGCACGGUGAAGGUGGCCUGAGUGUUUUUGUGGGUCUGAAUGGAACCAAGGAGGAGCUGGGCCUAAAAGCAGACAACUACUGGAUCUUUGCUGAGAACAAUUUUGAUGAAUUGAUGAUGAACUAUAUGAAUGGAGACAGAGAAGAGUCUGCUAAAAAAGUGCCACUUGUGUUCGCCGCCUGUCCAUCGGCUAAAGAUCCGACCUGGGAGGAAAGAUUUCCAGGAAAGUCUACUUUGACUCUUGUCACUUUUGCCAAAUAUGCCUGGUUUGAGGAGUGGAAAGAUGACAAAGUGACAAACAGAGGACACGACUACAAAGCUCUGAAACAGGCGUUCAUUGACUCUAUUCUGGAGGUGGUUAUGGAUGUUUUCCCCAAAAUCACCAGAGACAAGAUCGAGUACAUUGACGCUGGAACCCCCAUCACAAACACUUACUAUCUUGGAGCCAUGAAAGGUGAGAUCUAUGGAGCAGAUCAUGGUAUCGACCGAUUCCGCCCCGAACUCAACGCCACAGUGAGACCUCAGACUCCUCUGAAGAACCUCUAUCUGACAGGUCAGGACAUGUUUGUUUGUGGUUUAGCCGGUGCUCUUGCUGGAGCUCUCACCUGCGGUUCAGUCAUCCUCAACCGCAACCUCCAUCUGGACGCCAUCGCCUUGGCAAGAAAAAACAAGCGUAUGAGUGACAAAUUAAAAGGGGAGUAACUUCUUUGCAACAUUUGGCCACUGUGACCACUAUAUACUGUGAUAAACCACCGUUUUACUGCCACACUACAGUCAAUCAUACAAUUAUCUGCAUCUAAACUACCAUGACUCUAAGUAUUUGCAGUGUUAGAAUUCAUAUCCACUUUGCUGUGUAAUAUUUCAUGUGCAUUUACAUUUACCUCUGUGCCUAAUUAUGCUGUAUUCUUUUGGUUUUAGUUUACUACAGUACCUCCCUUUGAUAUGAUUUAAGGGAAGCAAACAAUAAAUCACUAACAACUUG